UUGUUAUUGUUUUCUUAAUGUAAACAACACACCGCAGCCAGCAAAAUAGUCCACGAAACAUACUUUACGCUGGAAGCACCCAAAAUUCGUCCAAAUGUUUAAAUUCCUUUCGAAAGCACUCGGUGUCUGUGGGUAUAUCGUUCAGUAUGGUUGUAUUACGCACUGUACCUUCGAGUACAUCGGUGACUUUGUGGUGUGCGUUGGCCCAUCGAUGGAACCAACCCUCACGACGAACAACGUGCUCAUAACGGAUCGUAUCACGCCACGGCUCGCGAAACUGCAGCGCGGCGACAUAAUCAUCACGAAAAGCCCCACAAACCCGGUGCAGCAUGUGUGCAAGCGCAUUAUCGGCAUGCCGGGCGAUCGCAUCAUGACGCGCGCUUCGUUCAAUCUGAACCCGCUGUCCAACACGUACACCAUCUAUACGGCAGUGCUACCGAACGGUGCGAGUGAGCUGGAUGUGGACGAGCAGCGUCCGAAGACGAAAUCCCAGCAGCACUACGAAGCGAUGGCCAAACUGCGGGAAAAGGUCGAUUACGUGAGCCAUUCGGUGGAGGAAACGCAAACGAAAAAGCAGGACACGGCUGGGCAGACGCAGCGCGUCGCAAUGGAUAGUGAUGGCCGAGGGAUGGAAAUGGAAAUGCACCCGGAACCGAGGACGAGCAUCGUUACCGUGCCCCGGGGUCAUCUGUGGAUCGAGGGCGAUAACGUGCAAAACAGCUCGGACUCGCGCAACUAUGGGCCGGUACCGAUCGGGCUGGUGAAGAGCCGUGCCGUGUGCCGCCUGUGGCCUUUGAGUGAGUUUAAGCUGUUCAUCUGAGUGUAGGAUCUGUUCUGCGCUUGCUGUAUGCGUGUCCGUGACAUGUUGUUCAUAUGAGAUAUUAAAGUUAAUGUAAUUUAGUCGAAUGUCGAAA